AUGGGCAAAAAAAGACGUGGUCCCUCCCUCGAGGAGCUCCUUGAUCGCCCAUGGUGCUACUACUGCGAACGUGACUUCGACGACCUGAAGAUCCUCAUCUCUCAUCAGAAAGCAAAGCAUUUCAAGUGCGACAACUGCAAUCGCAGGCUGAAUACUGCCGGAGGUCUCUCCGUACACCUGAGCCAGGUCCAUAAAGAGCAAUUGACUCAGGUCCAAAAUGCGCUGCCGAACCGCAUGGGUGUCGAUGUUGAAAUAUUUGGCAUGGAGGGUAUCCCCGCAGAAGUCCUCAAGGCCCACCAGCAGCGUGUCGCUUCACAAUUUCAGCAGGCCGAGCUGGAUCGCCAGCAUGCGACAGGCAACCCUCCUACUGGCGCCUCUUCUGGCGGCCAACCAGCGAAAAAGCCUAAGCUUGAACCUGUCUCAGAUAUCAAGAAGCGACUGGCUGAACACAAGGCCAGGCGUGCGGAGGCGCUUGCCGGAGGUAGCAGUGGCGAUGUGACACCCUCUAGUGCUCUUCAGUCUACGCCAACAUCCGGUGUAUACACACAAUCGCCUCAGAUCGCAGCCGCUCAGCAAUACUCCUAUCCUCAGCCCUAUGGUGGCCCCCCCGCCGCUGUGACACCUCAUUUUUCGCAGACUGGCAGUCCUGUCUAUUCAAGCUACUCCCCGGUUGGUGGACAACAACUCCCUGGUGCCUCGCCCUACACUCCAUCCGGAUACCCCUCGCCAUUCCCCGCCGGACUUCCUGCGCAGCAACCAGUCUCCUAUGGGGCUCCUCCUUACACCCAGCAACAACCUCCACCAUCCGAUAACAGAUUUAUGGGCCUACCGACGGCCUCGAACCUUCCCCAGCGUCCUGCUUUUGGUGUACCUUCAGUCAACGCGCACGAAAUGCAAAAGAUGCACAUGGGACACGUGCCCCCCACCCCCGCAGCUUCGGGUCACUCUAAUGGAGACAGCGCCCAACCAACCGAGCAUGUCUCCACCCCUGUUGACAAUCAGAUUUCAGGCGCAGCCAAUGACGUCGCCCCCCAGGCAGAGGGUAGCAGCAAGCCCAAAAAAGAAAAGACCAAGCCCGCGAUCCGAAUGAUUUACAAUGACGAUACGUUCAGUCCCGAGGAGAAGAAGGCGCAGCUACCUCGAUAUGCAUACGUCCCAGAUCAAAGCACGCAAACCGCCCUCGGCGAGCUCCCCGGCAACGCAGUCGUGGGCGCCAUUCAAGAGUCCGACACGGUGAUCGAUCCGGCACAUUAA